CACAGGCUUUAUCUGAGGUUCGGAAGAGAGAGGGCACCUACAGAAGAGAAAAUCAUAGAAGCUUAAUCUUUUUGGAUUUCCCUGCAAAUCGAGUGGGACCCGCCAAAUUGACGGGGAAGAGCAGUGACCGCGAGCCAUCUGGAAUCGGAAAGGCUACCGCAGCGACUGUUACAAUCAGGCGCGCAACAUUGUUGCAGUGUGACUGCUCGAGCGCGAACAAGGGAACAACACACAUCCAGCAAUGGUUUACAUGAGAGCAUUUUAUCAGACUUUUAUAUUAUUGUAAACGUAAGCUUUUCUCAAAUUCUAAUUAAAUCCCGGGUGUUUAACAGGAAGGAAUACAAUAUAUUUUCUUAAAGGAUAUAGUAUGCCGGACCAAAUUACAGUGUCCGAGUUCAUGGCGGAGACAAAUGAAGAUUAUAAAGCGCCAACUGCAUCAAACUUCACCACUAGAAUGUCCCACUGUAGGAGUACGGUGACUGCUUUGGAGGAGGCGCUGGAUGUGGACCGCAGUGUGCUGUACAAGAUGAAGAAGUCAGUCAAGGCCAUCUACACCUCAGGUCUGGCCCAUGUGGAGAAUGAGGAGCAGUACACCCAGGCCCUCGAGAAGUUUGGGGAGAACUGUGUCUACAGGGACGACCCCGACCUGGGCUCUGCCUUCCUGAAGUUCUCUGUCUUCACCAAGGAGCUCACCGCCCUCUUCAAAAACCUGUUCCAGAACAUGAACAACAUCAUCACCUUCCCUCUGGACAGCCUGCUGAAAGGAGACCUGAAAGGAGUCAAAGGGGACCUGAAAAAGCCUUUUGAUAAGGCCUGGAAAGACUACGAAACGAAAGUCACUAAGAUCGAGAAGGAGAAGAAGGAGCAUGCGCGGCAGCACGGCAUGAUCCGCACUGUGAUCAGCGGGUCGGAGAUAGCAGAGGAGAUGGAGAAGGAGAGGAGGUUCUUCCAGCUGCAGAUGUGUGAGUAUCUUCUUAAAGUGAAUGAGAUCAAGAUCAAGAAAGGGGUGGAUCUACUCCAGAAUCUCAUCAAAUAUUUCCAUGCACAGUGCAAUUUCUUUCAGGAUGGGCUGAAAGCAGUAGACAACCUCAAACCCUCCAUAGAGAAGCUAGCCACAGACUUACACACGAUAAAGCAGGCCCAGGACGAGGAGAGGAAGCAACUCACUCAGCUACGGGACGUUCUCAAGUCAGCGCUGCAGGUGGAGCAGAAGGAGGAGUCCCAGGUGAGACAGAGCGCCACCUACAGUUUGCACCAGCCUCAGGGCAACAAGGAGCAUGGUACCGAGCGCUGUGGGAACCUCUACAAGAAGAGUGACGGGUUAAGGAAAGUGUGGCAGAAGAGAAAGUGUUCAGUAAAGAAUGGAUACCUUACCAUAUCACAUGGGACGACAAACCGACCGCCGGCAAAACUCAACCUCCUCACCUGCCAGGUGAAACACAACCCAGAGGAGAAGAAGAGCUUUGACCUCAUCUCACAUGACAGAACGUAUCACUUUCAGACCGAGGAUGACCCAGAAUGUCAGAUAUGGAUCUCUGUGCUGCAGAACAGUAAGGAGGAAGCGUUGAAUAAUGCUUUUAAGGGAGACCAGCACGUUGGGGAGAACAACAUCGUCCAGGAGCUGACCAAGGCCAUCCUGGGAGAGGUCAAGAGGAUGACUGGCAACGAUGUCUGCUGUGACUGCAAAGCGCCCAACCCCACAUGGCUCUCCACUAACCUGGGCAUCCUGACGUGUAUAGAGUGUUCUGGGAUCCACCGGGAGUUGGGAGUCCACUACUCCAGGAUCCAGUCCCUCACGCUGGACGUCCUCAGCACCUCUGAACUCUUGCUGGCCAAGAACGUGGGGAAUGCAGGCUUUAACGACAUCAUGGAGGCGUGUCUAUCUGCGGAAGAUGUGGUCAAACCCAACCCUGCCAGUGACAUGCAAGCCCGUAAGGACUUCAUCACAGCCAAGUACACAGAGAAGCGUUUCGCCAGAAGGAAGUGUCCAGACGGGGUGUCCAAGCUGCACACGCUCUGUGACGCAGUCAAGUCCCGGGACAUCUUCUCUCUGAUCCAGGUGUAUGCUGAGGGAGUGGAUCUGAUGGAGCCCAUCCCCCUGGCCAACGGACAUGAACAAGGUGAAACGGCCCUUCACCUAGCGGUCAGAUUAGUGGACAGGACCUCGCUCCAUAUCGUUGACUUCCUCACUCAAAACAGUAUGAACCUGGACAAGCAGACAGCCAAAGGCAGUACAGCCUUACACUACUGCUGUCUGACUGACAACAUGGAGUGCCUCAAACUGCUCCUGCGCGGCAAGGCCUCCAUUGACAUAGCUAGUGAGUCUGGGGAGACGCCGCUGGACAUCGCGAAGAGACUGAAGCACCUGCAGUGUGAGGAGCUGCUGAACAUGGCGCUGGCGGGGAAGUUCAACGCCCAUGUGCACGUAGAGUACGAAUGGCGUCUGCACCAUGAAGACAUGGACGAGAGUGAUGAGGACCUGGAUGACAAGCCCAGCCCCCAUCGGAGAGAGGAGCGCCCUGCCAGCUGCUACACCCCUGGCUCCAACUCCCACCUCCAUCCCAGCCCGGCCUCCCUGGCACGGGACAAGCAGCGUGGUGGGUACAUGCCCAACCUAGUCACCAACGAGACCUAUGGUGCCAUCCUCAACGCCAGCCCUCCUGCGCCAGGGGGGCCCUCCAUGACCUCUGCACCCCCUCUGCCCCCAAGAAACAUAGUCCAGAUGCCAGGUCUGUGUGGGAUGGUCCAGUCAUCAAGGUCCUCUGGGUGGAAGCCUGGCUCGAUAGACCUGGGGGGCCGACAGAGGUCCUCCUCAGACCCCCCCAACAUGCACCUCCCGGUACCCCCCAUGCGGGUCACCUCAACCACUGGUCUUGCUCCUCCCCCCGUGGUCAAGACAGUGAGUGUGAUGGAGGCUAUGAACCAGCAGUCUAAACCAGGGACCGGACAUGGCCACAGCAGAGCCCCACCACCCAAGUCUCCAUCUGGCAACGCCAAAAGCUUCAGCAAAGGACCGACUCGAACGGGGUCCAUCGAAAGACCAGCUAAGGAAGUGCCGGGAUGCCCCCAGAACUCGAUAGGUCAAUCGCUGCCUCCGGCCCCCAUGCCUAGGAAGACCUAUCCGAAGCAGAGGCCCAAGCGAGUAAAGGCCAUCUAUAACUGUCUGGCAGACAACCCAGACGAGCUGACCUUCUCUGAGGGGGAGGUGAUCGUGGUGGACGGGGAGGAGGACCAGGAGUGGUGGCUGGGCCACAUUGAAGGAGAACCAAUGAGGAGGGGGGCUUUCCCCGUCACAUUCAUACACUUCAUCAUGGACUGAAGGUCAAAGGUCAACACAGGCACUGAUCUGGGAUGGAAACCUCCACCUCCCCACGUCUGCUGGUUUGUGGGACGAAAUCAUCAUGUUCAUCAUCGUUAUCAUCAUCAAGCUUGUGCCUGCGCUAACACUACAGAAGAAUCAAGUGUUGCUGCCCAAUGCUUUGGCUGGACAGUCUGGGUGUUGCCAUGACAACAUACCCACCCUUCACUCCGGGAAUGUUACGUGACGUCAUAUCACUGCUCUUUAGACCAAGCCCGCAGAUGCUCUUGAGGAAACUGUGUUUAGACUUCUGACAUUUUAAAAAACAAUGAUUGUAAUGAGUGUUCACAACAUUAAGAGGAUUAUUGACAAAAUGAAGGUUCUGUUCAUAAGUUUUACUUGGUUUUCCUCUGUGUGAAUUGUACAGAAAGUUAUUUAAAAACAACUGAUAGAGGGGACUACACACAGUAAUGUGGAUCUUUAGGAUUUCUUUCACUUAUCGUUAAUGUGAAUAUAGUCGUUAUGCUUACAUUCCACCUCCUUGCAUGGUUAAAGGGUGACUUUUUUACGCAUAAUUGCUUAGUAGUCAAAGACAUGUAAACUUUUUAGGACUUCCAAUGUGGGAGGAAAAACUUAAUUCAAAAUGGUGCUAACCCAGGAAUAUGCUAGGAGCCCUCACGUAGGGAUGAUCCACUGUCCCCAUCUCAAGACAGCUUGUAACGUGUUAACAACGGGGGGUUGAUGUGGGACAGCCUGUAACGUGUUAACAACAGGGGGUUGAUGUGGGACAGCCUGUAACGUGGUAACAACGGGGGGUUGAUGUGGGACAGCCUGUAACGUGGUAACAACAGGGGGUUGACGUGGGACAGCCUGUAACGUGGUAACAACAGGGGGUUGAUGUGGGACAGCCUGUAACGUGUUAACAACAGGGGGUUGAUGUGGGACAGCCUGUAACGUGGUAACAACGGGGUUGACGUGGGACAGCCUGUAACGUGUUAACAACGGGGUUGACGUGGGACAGCCUGUAACGUGGUAACAACGGGGGGUUGACGUGGGACAGCCUGUAACGUGGUAACAACAGGGGGUUGAUGUGGGACAGCCUGUAACGUGGUAACAACGGGGGGUUGAUGUGGGACAGCCUGUAACGUGGUAACAAAGGGGGGUUGACGUGGGACAGCCUGUAACGUGUUAACAACAGGGGGUUGACGUGGGACAGCCUGUAACGUGGUAACAACGGGGGGUUGACGUGGGACAGCCUGUAACGUGGUAACAACAGGGGGUUGAUGUGGGACAGCCUGUAACGUGGUAACAACGGGGGGUUGACGUGGGACAGCCUGUAACGUGGUAACAACGGGGGGUUGACGUGGGACAGCCUGUAACGUGGUAACAACAGGGGGUUGAUGUGGGACAGCCUGUAACGUGGUAACAACGGGGGGUUGACGUGGGACAGCCUGUAACGUGGUAACAACGGGGGGUUGACGUGGGACAGCCUGUAACGUGGUAACAACGGGGGGUUGACGUGGGACAGCCUGUAACGUGUUAACAACGGGGUUGACGUGGGACAGCCUGUAACGUGGUAACAACAGGGGGUUGACGUGGGACAGCCUGUAACGUGGUAACAACGGGGGGUUGACGUGGGACAGCCUGUAACGUGGUAACAACGGGGGGUUGACGUGGGACAGCCUGUAACGUGGUAACAACGGGGGGUUGACGUGGGACAGCCUGUAACGUGGUAACAACGGGGGGUUGACGUGGGACAGCCUGUAACGUGGUAACAACGGGGGGUUGAUGUGGGACAGCCUGUAACGUGGUAACAACGGGGGGUUGACGUGGGACAGCCUGUAACGUGUUAACAACGGGGGGUUGACGUGGGACAGCCUGUAACGUGUUAACAACGGGGGGUUGACGUGGGACAGCCUGUAACGUGGUAACAACGGGGGGUUGAUGUGGGACAGCCUGUAACGUGGUAACAACGGGGGGUUGAUGUGGGACAGCCUGUAACGUGGUAACAACAGGGGGUUGACGUGGGACAGCCUGUAACGUGGUAACAACGGGGGGUUGACGUGGGACAGCCUGUAACGUGGUAACAACAGGGGGAUGACGUGGGACAGCCUGUUACGUGGUAACAACGCGGGGUUGACGUGGGACAGCCUGUAACUUGGUAACAACAGGGGGAUGACGUGGGACAGCCUGUUACGUGGUAACAACGCGGGGUUGACGUGGGACAGCCUGUAACGUGGUAACAACGGGGGGCUGACGUGGGACAGCCUGUAACGUGGUAACAACGGGGGGUUGAUGUGGGACAGCCUGUAACGUGGUAACAACAGGGGGUUGACGUGGGACAGCUUGUAACGUGGUAACAACAGGGGGUUGACGUGGGACAGCCUGUAACGUGGUAACAACGGGGGGUUGACGUGGGACAGCUUGUAACGUGGUAACAAAGGGGGGUAAUGUGGGACAGCCUGUAACGUGGUAACAACGGGGGGUUGACGUGGGACAGCCUGUAACGUGGUAACAACGGGGGGUUGACGUGGGACAGCCUGUAACGUGGUAAGAACAGGGGGUUGACGUGGGACAGCCUGUAACGUGGUAACAAAGGGGGGUGAUGUGGGACAGCCUGUAACGUGGUAACAACGGGGGGUUGAUGUGGGACAGCCUGUAACGUGGUAACAACGGGGGGUUGAUGUGGGACAGCCUGUAACGUGGUAACAACGGGGGGUUGACGUGGGACAGCCUGUAACGUGGUAAUGAUCGGUUUCUGGGAGUAUAUGGAAACCUCCAUUGAUCACACCUAGGAGAACCCAGGCUCACUACCCUGUGUGUGUGUGUGUGUGUGUGUGUGUGUGUGUGUGUGUGUGUGUGUGUGUGUGUGUGUGUGUGUGUGUGUGUGUGUGUGUGUGUGUGUGUGUGUGUGUGUGCACGUGCAUAUCAGCUUGAAACCAUAUCAGUUACUUACAGCACAUUGUCUCCAUGUCGAUGGUCUACAGUGUGAUGCCAUUAUAAACUGGAUGGUUCGAGCCCUGAAUGCUGAUUGGCUGACGGCCGUGGUAUAUCAGACUGUAUACCACGGUAUGACAAAACAUGUAUUUUUACU